AUGGCAGCGCCCUCACCCUCGCCAGCGGGUGGAUCCUUCAAAGACAUGCGCAAGAACUUCCUGAUCGCCCUGGGCAUCAGUUUUGCCCUCUUACAGCUGCUGUUCCUGUGUAAUAUGUGCUACCUAUAUGGGACCCAGUAUCGCGACAGCACCCGUUUCCACAGCAUGAAGAUGCUGUACGUCGACUACGACGGAGACGUGGUCGGCCAGUCGGUGGUCGAUGCGUACGGCAUACUGCGCAGUGACGAAUUCCCUUCACUUGUACAAUCACCCGCCAGCGAAUAUCCGACUCCAAAAGACGUCAAGACUGCUGUCUGUAAAGGCGACUAUUGGGGCGCAGUGUAUGCCCAUCCCGGGGCCUCGGCGAACCUAUCCGCUGCCUUGGCCACGGGCAAUGGCAACCGAACUUCCUUAACGUACAUCUGGAACGGAGCACGCUACCCGGCCUUUUCACAGAGUGCCAUCUACGCCAGCAUCAUGAGUCUGGUACAAGUAACCAAGUCGGCCUACUACGCCCGCAACGCAUCGAGCGUCCUCGCCACAGCACCCCUGUCGAAGAACCCAGGAAGCCUACAAGCCUUCCUCAACCCUAUCCAAGCCACCGAAAUCAACAUCAAGGUCACCAAUCAAGGCGGCCGAGUAUUAUACAACACCGUGUCAAUGGUGAUGCCGAUCAUCCAACAAUUCUUCUUCAUGAUGGCCCUGAACGGCAUCUCGGCGCAGUUCCACCUCUACACCAAGCUUGGCCCGAAACGCAACGGCCUCCUCCGCAUGUGCGUCUCUCUCGCCUACACCUUCAUCGGAUCGCUAUGCAUGGCCGGAUAUAUCUGGGCGUACAGAGAAUCGUGGGACGUCAAUAGCAAUCAGUUCGUGCUCUCCUGGAUGAGUAUCUGGUUGUACAUGCACAUCAACUUCCUUAUCUACGAUCAGUCCCUUCGAACUGAGUCCCGGGUCUAUCGCUGGGGAUAUGCCCUCCCCGCGCACGAGCUGUACCAGGUCCUCGUCCAGAUCUGGAGCGACGGAUGCGAGCACCAGCUGCAUCGCGCCCUCCCGAUCAUGUUCUCGUGGUGGAUCGCCUGUGUGGCUAUCGUGCCCUUUGCCAUGUGGCAUCGCUGCAAAGCGGCCCUGGCUGCCGAGCAGGCUGCUACCAAUGUCGCGACCGAUAAUAAGUCGACCGUUUCACUGCCGGAAAGUAUCGACCGGCUCCACUCGCACCAGUCCAGUACGCGGGAGAUCAUCCGGCACAGUCGGAGGGAGACGGCUGAGUCUAUCCGCUUGGAGCAUAUUGCGUAUGGGCCCAGCUAUCCCACUCCGGGCGUGAGGGGGGAUGAGCCGUGA